GGAUGGCUGGCUAGUCCUAGAUUGGAUGGUGAGACUGACCAGGUCCCAGAGCUUAGCAGCUCAGUUACACUGAUCUUCAGGUAGGAAAAGCAGGCAGAGUCGCACCUAUCUCUGCCUGCCACUGCCACCUCAGACGCUUACUGCCUCUUUCUCUUGGAGCACCUGCUUGGGCCACGUCCCCUGGACAGCACUGUCCUUGCAUUCCAGACGCCUCCUGUGUUUUGCUGCCCAGAGAUAAUAUUCAUGGCUGGCAGACAUUUGCGUCAGUGUCAGAUACAGUCUCAAUGCCAUUGGGCCCCAGUCUGGCUCAGCAUGGGAGGCAGGAGGAGCUGGGUGGGUUAGACUAAUAGAAAACUGAAGAGCCGGAGCGCCUUGUAGGAGACACAGGACUUUCACAUGUACAGACACACACCCUUGGCCAGAAACAGCUCUCAGGCACAAAAACUCAUUCUGCAAUCUGAUACACAAACAAGUGCAGAAGUUUUGUGCACCCUGCACAUCAUUUCUUUGCACAUGCCGGCUCAGUGCUCUUUGCAGACCCAGCCUCUGCUCAGCUUCAUGCUGAUCCUGCUGCUGGCACCUGCUGCUGUUGCUGGCUGCAGCAGAGGUGAGGUGGACAGACAGCUCAUCCUGGGCAAAGUCAAGGCACAUUUCCUGGAGUCCCUCGGCCCAGUUCCCCCAGGUGAAAAGGCUCAGGUGGGCCGAAGAAGAGGGCUCCACAGGCGACAUGUCUCGAGCCUGUCCGUUGCUCAGAGGUGGGAAGAAGAGGACCCCUCCCAAGUGAUUGUCUUCCCUUUGAAAGAUGUGCCUUGUGGGGCACCUCAGCCCGAUGAGCUUCCAGAAGAGGCAGGAGUUUUCACGUACAUCUUCCAGCCAUCCACACACACCCUCAGCCGGGUGGUGACUUCAGCCCAGCUGUGGUUCUACACAGGCCCUGUGGCACUGCACAGCAGCAGUCCCUCAGAAGCAGUAUCCAACAGCUCCGGGCCAGAGGCGGAAAUACUCAAGCUUUCCCACCAUGGCCGGGUCCCCGUGGCUACCAUGGCAGUGCCUGCUCCCGAGGGCUGGACUGUCUUCCACUUUGAGACCUCCUUCUUGCCUUACAUCAGCCAGAAGAUAUUCGUGCUGUUAGUCCGUUGCCCAGACUGCCCUUGUGUGGCGAAUGCAGAAAAGAUACCCUUCCUUGUGGCAUCCACCAAACCCAAGGGCCGUGACAGGGCCCGGCGGUCCUCGGUGCCCUGGUCACCAGCUGUUUUCAGCUUGCUCCAGCACCCUUCAGACAAUGCCGAUGUUCAUGCCAACUGCCACCGGGCUUCCCUCAAUAUCUCCUUUGAAGAGCUGGGCUGGGAUAAGUGGAUUGUGCACCCCAGCAGCUUUGUGUUCUACUACUGCCACGGGAGUUGUUCAGAAGCCCACAUGCCUACACACAUGCCCAACUUCCAACUGUGUUGUGCAUCUUUGCCAGGCACCAUGCACUCUCUGAGGGUCCGCACCACCUCCGAUGGUGGGUACUCCUUCAAGUAUGAGACAGUGCCCAACAUCCUGACCCAGGAUUGCGCCUGCAUAUGAAGAACGACGAGAAGACCACCUCUCCUAAAGAGAAGCUAGCCUCUUUAGCCCCAUUCAGUUCACCCUGAGCACCUCAGCGAGCAAGCAUCCUCUCUGGUUGGGCCCAUCAACUGUCCCAUCUGUUCAAGCUGUGCACCCUGGGCCCGAUCAAAUCUACAAGCCUGUAAACCCAGGACAGUUGUGUUUGAAGCUUUGCCUAAUCGUGUCUGUGACUUAUCUGCCCAGGGACAAGAGUGCCUCAACAGACAUGUGAGCCAAGUGUUCUUGCCAGCUUGUUUAGCGUACCAAACUACAGGUCAUGUGCAUUCCUUUCUCUUGGGUUGUUUUUAUAAACUUAAGAACAGCCUUUGAGACUGUCAUUGAACGUAGAUGAACAGGGCUGGGAUGAAAAGUUUUUACUAAAGCCUUUCACUAUUUGGUUUGCAUAUAUUCAAAAGUGCACACCAAACUGCUUUCUCAUCCAUAGCAGAAAAGACGUAAAAUAUCCAUGUAUUUUCAGCUUGAGGUGGGCAAUACAGACAGAAUAGGCAGCAGGAAGGGAAAUUAAGUAAACCCUUCCCUGCCACCACUUCUUUCUUGACUAGUCCACCGGCCCCCUGGGUCCUUCCAUGAAGACUUGCACUGGCUCUGUUGUUUGGUUGGUGGAGGGCAAGUUAUUUAGUCUAGACAAUCCAAGUAUCACCCAUUUUUGUUACUGCUCCUCAAUCCUGACAUGCUCCACUACUAGCAGGGCUGACACAGGGUACAAUUGCCAAACUCCUCGUGCUGGUCAGAGCAUUCAGGACGGACGAAGGCCGGAGGCACAUCACGAGUCUCCCAGCCCUGUCGGCUGUUGAAUGCCUAUAAUCAGAACAUGGUGUAACAGCCUGAGCGGAGGAGUAGCCUUGCUUCGUUAAACUUUGCUUCAUAAUCAGCAGUUUAACUGUUAAAAGGCUAUUUAGAAGGCGUUUCCCAAACAGUCUAAGUUAAAACAAACUUUAAACAAAUGUCCAUCCUGGGACAUCCUGUACUCAUUUACUUUAAACAGACUGAAUUCAGAAUAAAGUGUGGCUUCAUGUGUG